AAUGAAGCAGAGUUUAUUUCGUCGGCAUACCGGUUAUGUGAGAGUGCCACAGGCUAUCUGUGGUCCUUCAUAAUUUAUACGGGUAAGCAGACUAGUGCAGACAUUCAUCAAGUUCCAGGGAGCUUGGCGAGUACUGCACUAGUCAAAAAGCUUAUUGAUCCCUUACUAAAUAAGGGUCAUCGACUAUUUAUGGACAACUGGUUCAAUUCCCCAUUAUUGGCACGCUUUUUGAAGCGUAACGGUACCGACUGUGUUGGUACCUUACGUCCCAAUCGAAAAGACGUGCCCUACUUGGUAGCCAAAGCUCCGCUCAUGAGGGGAUAGCUUUUAGCAAGGCAUUCUGGGGACGUAUGUGUGUUGGCAUGGCAUGAUAAAAAAAGGAUCACCACCAUUUCCACCUGCCAUGGUACGGCCACUGGCUUAUCCAACAUAUAUACGAACCCAGUGCGGCCAAUUCCAUUCAAGCCUCAAGUGAUCUUAGACUACAACAGGUCUAUGGGUGGGGUGGACAUAAAGGACCAAAUGUUAGAGCCGUACCUAAUUGAGCGGAAACGAUGUGCCAAGUGGUACAUGAAGAUGUUCAAGCGGUUGCUGAAUGUCUCCAUUCUCAAUGCGCGCAUCCUAUUGGAAUCUUCUCAAAAUUCCCGCGUUGACCAUUUGUCUUUCCGCCUCCAAUUAGUGGACGCCAUUCUUUCCCGACAUUUUUCCCAAGUUCCUGUGCCUCGUUUGCCCCCUGCGGAUCGCGCAGCCAAUUUGCCUCGUGUGGUGGUUGAACACAAUCACUGGCCGGUUUAUAUCCCAAACCCGCCAGACCGACAAAAUAAUCGCCAAACCCGAGCCAGAUGCGUUGUGUGUUCUUCGCAUGGCAUUCGGGGACGGUCGACCCCAUUCAUGUGUGAGUCUUGCAAUGUGCCGCUUUGUGCGGUAAAUUGUUUCAAGGCUUACCAUGCUUCAUAGUCUUGUCUUUUUGCGCCUUUGGGCCUUUAUUUUUUCCUUUUACCUUUUCUUUCUGCGCUGCAGAGAGGAUGUGGGAGUUGAACCGGUUAUCAUAAAUAGUCGGUAACACAGGUUCUAUGUAUGAAAGAAGAGUGUGUAUGUGUGUGUGUGUUGCGUGUAAAUUUGUAUAAUUGUAUUAUUUUUGCUAUCGCUUACAUUGUAUUUCAUUAUUGUUUCUAUUUUUAUUGUUUUGUAUAAAUGUAGGUUCAUAUUGUAACUUUGACUUUUCGGAUAACCAACACCUCAGUCCGCCUCGUGACCAUGAAGGCUGCAAAGUCUUGGUGAUUCUUUCUAUGCUGGAGCCGUACUUGUGAAGGGAAUGUGUAUGUGUCUGCGCCCCGUGCCAUAGGCGCUUCAAUUGUAUUUUGUCGUACUAUUUAUUUUUAUUGUGUACUUUGUCGUCUGAUUUCUAACCUUUGUUUGUAAUAUGUUUUCUAUGUAACUAGGUUUUUAAGUCUAAAGAAAUAAAUAUAGUCAAUAUAAAAAAGUAUUUUAUUUUUACAAACAUAGCAUCGGAAUGUUUGCCGACAAACAUGACAUCUACAUGACAUUACGCGUGUCACCUUAUUGCUUGCCGGCAAACAUUCCGAUGCUUCAUGAAUUUAUGAAUUUAAUCUUCGAAAAGUUUCCGGCGGCACUCCGGGUCCCGCCUCCGGUGUUCCGGGCAUUUUUGCUUGCCCGCCUCGGCGCGGCACGCGUCGCAGAAAUUGCCCGUCCCCAAUUCCGGGGACGGGCACAGCUUCUUCUGGGGCGGUGGCCCCCACGGGUCACCAUCACCGUAAGCCCUGUUAAUUUCAUGCUGUUAGUACAUGCGCAAAGCAAUGGACAUUCGCGCGAUUGUAAAGUACAGUAAUCCUGCAAAUCCGGUGAUCUACGACGGGUGAUAAUCAGCGUGGAGUGUUAGUAGCAGGGGAGGCGGGAAGGGCGCGGGUCGCCAUGCGCUACUCAUCUAUUUUUUGUUAGUCGUCAAUCGCCUAAUUUAGUUGUAAUUUUUUUACAGUAUAUUGUUUGUCCGUUAUCCGGACGCUUGGAUAAAGUUAUUGCCCGUUCGGAUUAGCGAGAUCCUACUAUAGCCCCAUCCGUAGAUCGUAAAUCGUUGAAUUGAAUUGUGUAUACAUCAGACUACGAAAUUUUAGUAAGUAAAAUAAACAUUUUAUGUUAUCAUGAUUGUAAUCGUUAGAGAUAUCUUUUAUAUGCGACUUACCGUUUUCUUUCCAUUUUCAAAAUUUAGAUUAGAUAUAUAUGACAAUAAGACAAAAAAAAAACCAGUUCGUUUCAGUGACACCAGAUAGAAUGAAGUUGACAAUUUCAUUCUAUCUUGUCUUCCCUGAAGACAAGUGCUCCUACAUUAAAUUCUCGUUCUUUGCCGUUUUUAUA